AUGGCAGCCUUGACAGUGGAGAAUUUUGAGGUGCUCCAGAGCCUGCUGAAGGCCUCCUCGAAAGAUAUCAUCAGACAAUUGUGCCAAGAAAGCUUUUCCAGUUCAGCCCUUGACUCAGAGAAACUCUUGGAUGUUACAUGUUCCAGCUUGUCUGUGACCCAGGAGGAGGCAGAGAAACUGCUCCAGGCUCUACACCGAUUCACUAGGUUGGUGGCAUUCCGAGACCUCUCCUCUGCCGAAGCAAUUCUGCCUCUCUUUCUGGAAAAUUUCCACCAAAACCUCAAAAACCUGUUGACAAAAAUCAUCCUGGAGCACAUAUCUACUUGGAGAACUGAAGCCCAAGCAAACCAGAUCUCUCUGCCAUACCUGGUGGACCUGGACUGGAGAGUGGAUAUCAAAACCUCCUCAGACAGCAUCAGCCGCAUGGCUGUCUCCUCCUGCCUGCUCCAGAUGAAGAUACAAGAAGAUUCUAGUCUGUGUGAAGACAAACCCUACAUCUCAGCUGUGACCAUGGAACUAAGCAAGGAAAUGCUGGCUACUAUGUUAGAUGGUCUGGGCCGAAUCCGGGACCAGCUUUCUGCUGUAGCCAAUAAAUAG